AUGGAGAACAGUGGGGCACUGUUUGUGGGCUUCUUCCUGAUGCUCAUAUUGUUGUCAGUCUGCUCUGCCCAGCACUGGUCCUACGGCUUCCAACCUGGAGGAAAGAGAGAUGCUGACAAUCUGAUGGAAACCUUCCAAGAGAUUACGAGCAAGAUGAAUACACUCGGGGAGCUACAGCAUUUUGAAUGCAACGUGCCGCGUCAGCACCCCAUUCUCAGGGGACUGAAGGAGGUCCUCGCAAGUCUGAUUGAAGGCGAGACGGCACAAAAGAAGGUUUGA